AAUUCUAUAUAAUAAACGUCCCCCCUUGACACUUCCAGGCACAAGCAGAAACAUGACUAUGGUUUCAACUGAUGGUAAUGGCGAUUCCCACAAGUUUAACAAGUAUGCCGCUGCCAGUUCCGUAGUUGCAUCUCUCAUAUGCAUCAUAUUUGGAUAUGACACUGGUGUUAUGAGUGGGGCUAUGAUUUUCAUAAAGGAAGACCUGAAAAUCGACGACGUAAAAAUAGAAAUUCUUGCCGGAAUUCUUAAUGUCUGUGCGUUACUUGGUUCCCUUUUUGCUGGAAGAACAUCGGAUUUUAUUGGGCGGCGUUACACCAUAGUCGUGUCCGCCAUCAUUUUCCUGGUCGGUGCAGUUUUAAUGGGCUAUGGCCCUAACUAUCCCGUCCUAUUGACUGGAAGGUGCAUCUCAGGAAUCGGUGUAGGCUUUGCCCUCAUGAUAGCUCCAGUUUAUUCUGCCGAGAUUUCAUCUGCAAAAGCGCGAGGCCUUUUAUCCUCUCUACCAGAGCUCUGCAUUAGUCUUGGUAUAUUAUCAGGUUAUGUAUCUAAUUAUUUCUUUGGGAAAUUAACUUUGAAGCUUGGCUGGAGGUUGAUGCUUGGAGUUGCAGCCAUUCCUUCAUUUGUCUUGGUCUUUGCCAUACUAAAAAUGCCCGAGUCUCCAAGAUGGCUAGGAAUGCAAGGCCGUUUAGGAGAAGCCAAAAGAACACUGUUGCUAGUUUGCAAUUCGGAAGAAGAAGCUGAAAGGCGCUGUCGGGACAUAAGGGUUGCAGCUGGAUUUGAUGAGAAUACCAAGGAGGAGUUCGUGAAGCCUGCUCACAAUAGUCGCGGCAAAGGGGUAUGGAAGGAGCUUCUGUUGAGACCUACACCUGCUGUUCGCAGGAUCUUAAUUGCAGCCAUCGGAAUACAUUUCUUUGAGCACGCUGUUGGAGUUGAAGCGGUUAUUUUAUACGGUCCAAGAAUAUUCAAGAAAGCCGGAGUCAAGUCCAAGGAUAAACUAUUGCUGGCGACGGUAGGAGUGGGAAUCAUAAAGACUAUAUUCAUAUUAAUAGCCACUUCUUUAAUUGACAGAGUUGGAAGGAGGCGCCUUCUUCUAAUAAGCACAUCCGGAAUAGUUGCAGCUCUAGCAGUAUUGGGGUUCAGUUUGACCAUGGUAGAAAACUCAAAAACGGAACUCUUAUGGGCACUGACUCUCAGUAUUGUUUCUACAUAUGCAUAUGUAGCUUUCUUCAAUAUUGGGCUUGCGCCAGUGACAUGGGUGUAUAGCAGUGAGAUAUUUCCCUUGAAGUUAAGAGCACAAGGAAUGGCCAUUGGUGUUGCUGUGAACAGGCUCAUGAACGCCUUAAUAUCUAUGACUUUUAUUUCAAUCUAUAAAGCAAUCACCAUUGGUGGAGCCUUCUUUAUGUUUUGUGGCAUUUCAGUGGUUGCUUGGUUUUUCUUCUAUUUUCUCUUGCCUGAGACAAAGGGUAAGCCUUUAGAAGAGAUAGAGGCGCUCUUCUCCAAAGGAUCUAAGCGAAAAAAUUCUGCUGAUAUUGAGACGCAGACAGUAAACAAUGGUUAGAGUGCAAUGGACUAGCACUAGCAGCAGUAGAAAUGAAAUUAGGGUGCCUACAAUUUCUAGAUGUAGAUAUAGUAAUUUAAUCAGAAGGGAGCUAAACUAUAUAUAUGUACAUACAUGUAAUUUUCUACG